AUGCUCUUUGUUCUAUGCUAAUUUAUCAUCCUGGCUAAAUGGACUUUUGUUUUACGGAUCUGCUUGUUUGGCUUGACUGCAUGAGUUUUUUCUGGUGAUGCCUGUGGGCCUUUUGACUAGAACAGUGGAUUGUCAUAUAGGCUUGCAUGCCUGACUUGUGGAUGCAUAUUGGUAGAUGCUAUUACUUCAGAUGCUGAUUUUACUGUAAGGUUUAAGAAUUUUGUACUGAUGGUGGAAUACCACAAGAUAUGCUUGUCAUUGUGCUUUCCCGCAUAUGUAUCUAGUGCUUAAAUCUGUAGGUGAUUUCUUUUAGGCAGUUAGGCACAACGUUGUUGGCCAAUAACAAGAUUCAGUUUCUCAAACCUUUACUAGUGCUUUGGUUGAAAUGAAAGAUAUGGCUAAUGGACUGAUAUUCUGCAUGCAUUUUCAGUGCGCAACUAAAGAAAUUUAGAGUAUGUAAGUAGUGAAUAUAUUAUGCUUUAUCCUUAACUUCUGUACAUCCUACUUUUUAUUUGGAUUUCCAACUCUGUGCAACCUUUAUGCUCUGUGCUCUGAAGUCUGAAGUUACUGUUUCUGUCAGUUAAUUUGGCUCAUACGAUGAUACCUUAAUGUCAAACACUUCUAAGUUUCUGUCGAUUUUGAAUCAAAAAUUUGCUGGUGGUUUCUGCUUCCAUAUAACCAUGGGCAGUCGAGAUUUCUGCAAACUACAUUGCACAUUUGGUUCUUAGAGAAUUACUGCAGUGGUUGCUAAUAUACUGUGUGCUAGCCACUCCAUAAUUUAACAUUUCUGCAACGGUACCGACUUCUGUACACGUUUUCAUGGAGUGCAACAAAGAGGAGGCUGCUAGAGCGAAAGCUCUGGCUGAAAGAAAAAUGCUGGAGAAGGAUUUUGUUGGUGCAAAAAAGAUGAUUAUCAAGGCGCAGCAACUCCUCAAAGAAGUUGACAACAUUUCACAACAAAUGUUAGCUGUUUGUGAUGUUCAUAGUGCUGCUGGAGCGAAGGUUAAUGGAGAGAUUGACUGGUAUGGAAUACUUCAAGCACCUGCAACUGCUGAUGACACACUGAUAAAGAAACAAUACCGUAAGCUUGCCCUUUUGCUACAUCCAGACAAGAACAAGUUUGCAGGUGCAGAGGCGGCAUUCAAAUUAGUUGGAGAAGCAAACAUGACACUUACAGACCGGUCAAAACGUUCUGUGUAUGACAUGAAAAGAAACACCUUAGUCAGAGGCAGUGUGACAAGACCCCCUUAUCAGCAACCAAGAAGACCUGCACCUGUUAGAGCUAGUGCUACUCCUGUGAAUCUCCAUAAUAUGCAUCAGCAACAGCAGCAUCAGCCCUCAAAUUCUGCAGGGCCGCAACCAACAUUUUGGACAAUCUGUCCAUCUUGUGGCAUGAGAUAUCAGUACUACCUUUCAAUCUUGAAGAAGGCUCUGCGCUGUCAGAAUUGUUUGAAGCCAUUUAUUGCACAUGAUUUGGAGGAGCAAGCUGUUCCUUCUGGGGCAAAUCAGCGAUCUGCUGGGGUUUGGAAAAAUGCAGGAGCACCACAGAACUUUCCAGGUUCUCAAACAAAUGUCACUGGUCAGCAAACUUGGAAUUCUGCCACUCCAGGGGUUCAUGCCAAUAUUGGUUCUCAUCAUGCGGAUGUAAAUACAAAGAAGGAAGCUGAUGGGAAAGGUGGGCUAAAAGACAAAAUGAAAUCUGCUUGGUCCACCGGAAAUCCUUCAAAAUCUUCAUCAACUGCAGGAUUGAAAAGGUCCAGGAGGGCAGUGAUUGAAUCUAGUGAAUCUAGCAUAUCAGAAACCACCAGUGAUAGCGAAGAAGAGGUUGUUGAAAAUGGUCCUGCUGCAAAUAGUGCAGGGCCAGGUCAACAAACCCGCAGAUCAAGCAGGCAGAAGCAGGAAGUUAAGUAUAAUGAAGAGAGUGAUGAUGAGGAUUUUGAAGAUUACGGUAACAAGGAUGAUGGUUUUGUGAAUUCUCCUGGUUUGAAAAGGUUAAGGAAAAGUGGCCUGUUCCAUGGUGAUCACAGCAAUGAAACCACAAAGCUGAAUGAAGACAUAGAUGGGCAUAAUGGUCCAACAAAUGGUGUUAAUUACUGCAGUAACUCAGAAGAUAAAAAGAAUGGUGGUGCACCAUGUGGAGAGAAGACAUUCAAUGGAAUUGGGCAAAUGAAGAAAGAAUCAAUGGACGCUGGAGAAAACAGUGAUGGUAAAGAAAAGGUAUCUCAUUCUGUCAGCAACAAUGGUCUAUGCCCAAACUAUGAUGAUGCUUCAGAUGAUAUUAUAUUCACUGUUGUGGAUCCUGAAUUUUUCGACUUUGACCAACUUCGAGGUGUAAAUCAGUUUAAAGCCAACCAGAUCUGGGCUGUCUAUGAUGAAGAAGGUUGUAUGCCUAGAUUUUAUGCUCGAAUUACGAAGGUAAAAACUAUUCCAAAGUUUAUGGUGCAUUUCAUUUGGCUGGAGUUCGACCCCACAAAUAAAGCGGAGACGGCAUGGUCUUAUGGGGGUCUGCCUGUUGCCUGUGGACGCUUUAAGCAUGGCAAGUCUGAUACAUCCAAUGAAACUGGUAUGUUCUCCCGAACUAUAUCCUUUGAGAAAAGCAAGACAAGAAACUCCUAUGAGAUAUAUCCGAGGAAAGGUGAAGUUUGGGCUCUUUUUAAGGGAUGGGAUAUUGGCUGGAGUUCAGAUGCUGACAACCACAAAAACUAUCAAUAUGAAGUAGUCCAAGUCCUCUCUGAUCUCACCACGAGCACUAGCAUCAUUGCCAUGCCGCUUGUGAAGAUAAAAGGCUAUGUUAGCUUAUUCAUGCAGUCUAGAGAGGCAGCUCCAUACGUGAUACCUCAGGGUGAGACACUAAGGUUUUCACAUUGUGUCCCUCAUCAUUUGAUGAGUGGAACUGAAAGAGAAGGCAUUCCAGAAGGGUCUCUUGAACUUGAUCCUGCAUCGCUUCCCAUUAACUUGGAAGAGUCUUUUCCUUCUGUUGUUCCAGAAUGCAGUUCAGUAAGAAGUCAGGAAUGUGAUGCCAAACAUGCAGGUUCAUCCAGUGGAAAUAGUUCCCGCAAAGGAUGUGCUGGGGAGGGGCAACAUACAACAUGCAUGAAUGCAGGGAUCGCUUCAGAGACACCAAAGGAAGAGAAUAGCAAGCAUAACACACGUACCGCUGAAGUUACAGAUGUUGAUGACGAUAAUAUUUGUCACACAGAAUAUGUAUGUGCUGAAUCAGAAUUCUAUGAAUUUUCAGAAAUUAGAUUGCUUCAAAAGUUUUCAGUUGGGCAGAUCUGGGCUCUCUAUAGUGAUGUAGAUAAGUUCCCCAAUUACUAUGCCUUCAUACACAAAGUUGAUCUCAAGAAUGGUAAAGUACAUGUUAGAUGGCUUGAUGCUUGUCCUCAGGGAGAAGAGGAGGAAAGAUUGUUAAAAGAAGAACGGACUAUUGGGUGUGGAGCCUUUAGGCUUUCCAGCAUCCAUGAGACGAUGACUUACACUAGUACAGAUGCCUUUUCUCAUCCCGUAGAGGCCAGAUCUACUGGCAAAAGAGGCGAAUAUGAAAUAAUUCCCCAUCUCGGUGAGAUAUGGGCUGUUUACAAGAACUGGAGGGCAGGAUGGACUGCACAAGAUUUUGAAAAAUGUGAAUAUGAAUUGGUGGAGAUAUUUGGCCAUACUGAUUCGUCCAUACAAGUUCAGCUUUUGAGAAAGGUGGAUGGUUAUAGGACGGUAUUUAUGCCAUGCAAAGGAUCUGUGAAGACAAUAAGUAAGGAUGAGUACCCCAAGUUCUCUCACCAGAUUCCUUGCUUUCACCUGACAAAUGAAAAAGGAGGCAAGCUUCGAGGCUAUCUGGAGCUCGAUCCCUUGUCACUACCAGAGGAGUUCCUCUUUACCGAUUCAAUAUGAGAUAACCUUAUCUGCAGUGAAUGAGGAGCCUUGUGAUGAAAUUGUUUGAACUGAAGUUCCGUGAAUGUUGGACAGUCCACAAUUCAACAUUUUUGUCUGAGUGACACUGACUGAAGCUGCUUGCAUAUCAGCAUUUGUAGCACUAACUUUAUGGUGGACUAGAUUUGGACUGCUGCCAAUUCACGCAAUGAAGGCAUUAACUUAUCAGGCAUCUGGGAACUUAUUGCAAGACAGCUUUUCAGUAGCUGCAGUUUAUGGACCGAUUAAGUUUCCCUGCAGCUGCCGUAUGUAGUUAGCACUAGCUGUAUCUAGUAUUUUGGUUCUGAUGUAAAAACUGCCACCCUUCCUUUUUCUCGUAGUGUACUCGAAAUGUUACCGUGUUUGAACGGUGGGAAGCCAUUCAGAUGAAUUAUCAGAAGAUUUCUGUUGGCCUCCCUCUCCUGGAACUGAAAAAGUGAAGUCCAGCUGCCCAGGUUAACCUGAUUUAUCAAUGCGAUAAUUAUGCCGGCGGUGCUGCGCUGGGCAUGGACACCCUCCUGCGUCUCGAGUGUGUGUCGUCAGUCAGCAUUCAUUUGUUCCUAGAUUUUCUGCUCCUUUCUUUGCAGCCAUGGUGGUAAAUGGAUGUGUGAUAUACGACAUUCCUCUGUGGGUUGAGCAUCCUGGUUAACAGUGCCGAGUAAUGAUUAACAGGGGCUCAAUUCCUGAAUCCCCGUGUUCUCUUAAUGGAGAUCCUACUUCA